AUGGUCGACCGUCAGACUCGUUACGGUCGACCGUCGGACUCGUUACGGUCGACCGUCGGACUCGUUACGGUCGACCGUCGGACUCGUUACGGUCGACCGUCGGACUCGUUACGGUCGACCGUCGGACUCGUUACGGUCGACCGUCGGACUCGUUACGGUCGACCGUCGGACUCGUUACGGUCGACCGUCGGACUCGUUACGGUCGACCGUCGGACUCGUUACGGUCGACCGUCGGACUCGUUACGGUCGACCGUCGGACUCGUUACGGUCGACCGUCGGACUCGUUACGGUCGACCGUCGGACUCGUUACGGUCGACCGUCGGACUCGUUACGGUCGACCGUCGGACUCGUUACGGUCGACCGUCGGACUCGUUACGGUCGACCGUCGACUCGUUACGGUCGACCGUCGGACUCGUUACGGUCGACCGUCGGACUCGUUACGGUCGACCGUCGGACUCGUUACGGUCGACCGUCGGACUCGUUACGUGUCGACCGUCGGACUCGUGUCGACCGUCGGACUCGUUACGGUCGACCGUCAGACUCGUUACGGUCGACCGUCAGACUCGUUACGGUCGACCGUCAGACUCGUUACGGUCGACCGUCAGACUCGUUACGGUCGACCGUCAGACUCGUUACGGUCGACCGUCGGACUCGUUACGGUCGACCGUCGGACUCGUUACGGUCGACCGUCGGACUCGUUACGGUCGACCGUCGGACUCGUUACGGUCGACCGUCGGACUCGUUACGGUCGACCGUCGGACUCGUUACGGUCGACCGUCGGACUCGGUCGACCGUCGGACUCGUGUCGACCGUCGGACUCGUUACGGUCGACCGUCAGACUCGUUACGGUCGACCGUCAGACUCGUUACGGUCGACCGUCAGACUCGUUACGGUCGACCGUCAGACUCGUUACGGUCGACCGUCGGACUCGUGUCAACCGUCGGACUCGUUACGGUCGACCGUCAGACUCGUUACGGUCGACCGUCAGGCUCGUUACGGUCGACCGUCAGACUCGUUACGGUCGACCGUCGGACUCGUUACGGUCGACCGUCAGACUCGUUACGGUCGACCGUCAGGCUCGUUACGGUCGAGAGAGUCCCCAGACGCCUGCAGCUGUGGACCCACAGCCGGGCCCCCCACAGCCGGGCCCCCCACAGCCGGGCCCCCCACAGCCGGGCCCCCCACAGCCGGGCCCUCCACAGCUCGCUGCUCACACGCACAGCCAGUGAGCUGCAGAGCGAGCUGCUGCUGCAGAGUGAGCUGCAGAGCGAGCUGCAGAGCGAGCUGCAGAGUGAGCUGCAGAGCGAGCUGCAGAGCGAGCUGCAGAGUGAGCUGCAGAGUGAGCUGCAGAGCGAGCUGCAGAGUGAGCUGCAGAGUGAGCUGCAGAGCGAGCUGCAGAGCGAGCUGCAGAGCGAGCUGCAGAGCGAGCUGCAGAAGCUGCAGAGUGAGCUGCAGAGCGAGCUGCAGAGCGAGCUGCAGAGUGAGCUGCAGAGCGAGCUGCAGAGGAGCAGCAGAGUGAGCUGCAGAGUGCUGCAGCUGCAGAGUGAGCUGCAGAGUGAGCUGCAGAGCGAGCUGCAGAGCGAGCUGCAGAGCGAGCUGCAGAGCGAGCUGCAGAGCGAUGGAGGCCGCACACUAAGCUCCCUGAUGUCCCUGAUGGCCCUGAUGGCCCUGAUGUCCCUGAUGUCCCUGAUGUCCCUGAUGGCCCUGAUGUCCCUGAUGUCCCUGAUGUCCCUGAUGUCCCUGAUGUACCUGAUGGCCCUGAUGUCCCUGAUGUCCCUGAUGUCCCUGAUGUCCCUGAUGGCCCUGAUGUCCCUGAUGUACCUGAUGUCCCUGAUGUACCUGAUGUCCCUGAUGGCCCUGAUGGCCCUGAUGUCCCUGAUGGCCCUGAUGUCCCUGAUGUCCCUGAUGUCCCUGAUGUCCCUGAUGGCCCUGAUGUCCCUGAUGGCCCUGAUGGCCCUGAUGUCCCUGAUGGCCCUGAUGUCCCUGAUGUCCCUGAUGUCCCUGAUGGCCCUGAUGUCCCUGAUGUACCUGAUGUCCCUGAUGGCCCUGAUGGCCCUGAUGUCCCUGAUGGCCCUGAUGUCCCUGAUGUACCUGAUGUCCCUGAUGGCCCUGAUGUCCCUGAUGUCCCUGAUGGCCCUGAUGUCCCUGAUGUCCCUGAUGUCCCUGAUGUCCCUGAUGGCCCUGAUGUCCCUGAUGGCCCUGAUGUCCCUGAUGUCCCUGAUGUCCCUGAUGUCCCUGAUGGCCCUGAUGUCCCUGAUGUACCUGAUGGCCCUGAUGGCCCUGAUGGCCCUGAUGUCCCUGAUGUCCCUGAUGUACCUGAUGUCCCUGAUGGCCCUGAUGGCCCUGAUGUCCCUGAUGUCCCUGAUGUACCUGAUGUCCCUGAUGGCCCUGAUGGCCCUGAUGUCCCUGAUGGCCCUGAUGGCCCUGAUGUCCCUGAUGUCCCUGAUGGCCCUGAUGUCCCUGAUGGCCCUGAUGUCCCUGAUGUCCCUGAUGUCCCUGAUGGCCCUGAUGACCCUGAUGGCCCUGAUGUCCCUGAUGUCCCUGAUGUCCCUGAUGUCCCUGAUGUCCCUGAUGUCCUGCUCUAAUGAUCUGAAGAACGACAGACGCUUCAUUUACUAA